CAGGAUGUGGGCGGUGAGGCAGGCGGGUGGAGUUGUUCAGACACGGUUACUACACCGCUCACCGACAAUCAACCGAUUAAGUAGAGUCGGUUACUCAACAACAUUUUGGGCUUUUUACCAGUCGCUCUUCAUGGGCCUGGAAACAUCAGUCACUGCGACAGCGCUCUACAAAUAGACAGGUGUGUGUGACGGAGUGUGUGUGAGGGAGUGUGUGUGUGUACUGGGAGUCAUGCCUGUUACAUCACAGCUGCUCCGAGGAUUUCCCCGUGCCAAGCUCUGGGGAGCAAGCCUGUUACCAUGCCAACGUCAGGCCCACCGCCCCUCCCCUCCGUACUCCAACUCCCAGCAUGCCCCUCUGCCCCCAGGCCCCACCACCCGGGGCUUCCACACCACCUGGGACCUGCUCAGCUACAACCUCACCCCCCCCCAGGUCAACUCCAUCCUCAAAGCCAACGAGUACAGCUUCAAGGUUCCAGAGUUUGAUGGGAAGAAUGUGUCGUCAGUGAUGGGGUUUGACAGUAACCAGCUGCCGGCCAAUGCACCAAUUGAGGACCGGCGCAGUGCUGCCACCUGCCUGCAGACCCGAGGCAUGCUGCUGGGCGUGUUCGACGGCCAUGCCGGCUGCGCCUGUGCCCAGGCCCUGAGUGAGAGGUUGUUCUACUACGUGGCCGUGUCGCUGCUCCCUCACUCCACACUGUGUGAGCUGGAGGCUGCGGUGGAGGCCGGCCGGCCGCUCAGCCCCAUCCUGCAGUGGCACAAACAGCCCAACGACUACUUCAGCAGGGAGGCCCAGACACUCUACUUCAACAGCCUCAGAACCUACUGGCAGGAGCUCAUUGACCUCAGCAGUCCAGGGGAUGUACCCGACACGAGGGAGGCGCUGCAGAGCGCCUUCAAGAGGCUGGACAGUGAUCUGUCCCUGGAAGCUCAGGUGGGAGACCCUAACGCCUUCCUGCACUACUGGGUUCUGAGAGUGGCUUUCUCUGGGGCCACAGCCUGUGUGGCCCACAUCGAUGGAUCCGACCUGUAUUUGGCAAACACAGGGGACGGCCGGGCGGUGCUGGGGGUGCAGGAGGAGGACGGCUCGUUCAGCGCUCACACACUCACCAACGACCACAGCGCCCAGAACGAGGACGAGGUCACACGCAUACGCUCAGAACACCCGCCCUCAGAAAGGAAGACCGUCAUACGCCAGGACCGGCUGCUAGGCCUCCUCAUGCCAUUCCGGGCGUUCGGGGACGUGAAGUUCAAGUGGAGCAUCGAGCUGCAGAAGGGCGUGCUGGAGUCGGGUCCUGACCAGCUCCAUGAUAACGAGCACACCAAGUUCAUCCCUCCUAACUACCACACACCUCCGUAUCUGACGGCCGAGCCUGAGAUCACACACCACAAGCUGCGUCCGCAGGAUCGCUUCCUGGUACUGGGCACAGAUGGAUUAUGGGAGACCCUCCACAGACAGGAAGUGGUCCGUAUCGUGGGCGAGUACCUGACAGGCGUGCACCAGCGGCAGCCCCUCACGGUGGGGGGCUACAGUGUCACCCUGGGACAGAUGCAGGGACUUCUGGAGGAGAGGAAGGCUCGCGUGUCGUCUGCGUUUGAGGAUCAGAAUGCAGCCACACACUUGAUGCGCCACGCGGUGGGGAACAACGAGUUUGGCACGGUGGACCACGAGAGGCUGUCCAAGAUGCUGUCCCUGCCUGAGGAGCUAGCACGCAUGUACCGCGAUGACAUCACCAUUAUCGUCACUCAGUUCAACCCUCACGUGAUUGGAACACAGAGUUCAACCCUCACGUGAUUGGAACACGGCGGCAGGGAGGAGCGUCCUGUGGAGGAGCAGCACAGGGACAAUGUGGAGGAGGCAGCAUGGGCAGUUUACCAUGCUCACACACACACACAAUCACACUAUUUAACCUAUUCUUCACCAUCAUCACACACAAUAUUUAACCUAUUCUUUACAUUUGACACACACAGAAACAAACACUAUUUAACCUCUUCUCUACCAUCAACACAAACACACACUAUUCAACUUAUUCUGUACCAUGCUUUCACACACACACACAUAUAUAUAUAUAUAUAUAUACGUAUCCGUUAGACGGCUGUACUGCAGAAGGGGUGUGUGUCUACAUGCUGCUCAUCAUAGGGCUGUGUCGUAACAGCUCCCCUCAGAGCUGGGCCUUUUUACAACGUUCAUGUUGGUUAUCAUGCUGCCCUCAUAGACUUAUCAUGCUGCCCUCAUAGACUUAUCAUGCUGCCCUCAUAGACUUAUCAUGCUGCCCUCAUAGACUCAUCAUGCUGCCCUCAUAGACUUAUCAUGCUGCCCUCAUAGACUUAUCAUGCUGCCCUCAUCGUAGACUUAUCAUGCUGCCCUCAUCGUAGACUUAUCAUGCUGCCCUCAUCGUAGACUUAUCAUGCUGCCCUCAUCGUAGACUUAUCAUUCUGCCCUCAUCGUAGAUUUAUCAUUCUGCCCUCAUCGUAGACUUAUCAUGCUGCCCUCAUCGUAGACUUAUCAUGCUGCCCUCAUCGUAGACUUAUCAUGCUGCCCUCAUCGUAGACUUAUCAUGCUGCCCUCAUCGUAGACUUAUCAUGCUGCCCUCAUCGUAGAGACACGUGGCUGCAUGGCUCAGGAGAUCAGACAGGAGGUCAUAUCCAUGUUUCAUGUGCCAAGUGAGUCAACCAACUAACCCUAACUAACCCUAACCCAAGCUGAUUUCAAAGACACUCCUGGGCACUGUGGUUGCCCAUCUGCUGUUACAUUGUGUGCGUGUGUGCGUGUGUGUGUGUGCGUGUGCCGUUUGGUCUUUCUUUGUACUGCAUUUCAACAUAUGUACACACUUCAUUUGUGUAUAAACUUUGUCAUCUUUUGCACAUCAGCUUCUAACUGCUCUUUCCAGCAUAGCAGGGACUGUAGCUGCACCUUCCAGCUGCAUGUGGAAAUGAUUUUUUCAUAACAUUUUAUUAUGUGCUUUACAGCAAAUAACACUGUGGUGAAAUCUCUGUUCAUAUGUUAUAAAUACCGCAACGACACGUUCUAGAACUUCAGUCUUUAACUUUCAAGGAUAUGAAGUUUCGACCCUUUGAAGUUCCAGACAGGCGGUUAGUAACUGAAUAUCCUCCUGCUGAACCAGUCUCUGUCCCACUGAACUCCUUAUCCCAGAAUGCACUGCUGCAGGCCUGGGCUGUGGAGAGGUCAUUCUAUGUUUAGGAAGGUAAGGAAAGGACAUGACAGGGUAUGGAUUCCCACCAUACUUCCUCCCACAGUAAAUGUUUGGUGACGGGGGUGUUAAUCAAAGAGGUGCCCUAGAUUAUGGGUGUUCAGACAGGAACUGAUGUCACAGUGACCACUGUUGGGAUGGCCACCAAGGUUGUUCAGUGAUGGAGUGUGUAACCAAACAUGUAGUUGAUGCUGAUGUGGGUGUAAAAGUGGUGAAACCUUUUUUUAUACAUAUAUAUACAUAUAUUGUUUUCUUUUUCAUAGCUCUCGAGGAUUGUAUAUGUAACAGCUGUAAUUUGGUGUAAACAUUUUUUGUCACGAGAAAUGCCUUAUUUUAACUUUUGAUGGUGGAUGCCUGAUUGUUAGUGUCUUCUGUCAUCAUCAUGCUGUUCUGUCAGAGCUCUACCAUACUGUUCAGAUGGUCAAACUCUAACCACUGUGGUCGGACUGGUUGGGGUUUAUAUUUAGCUGAGGAAAGAAUGUAAAGCAAGGGGACUCCGGCUAAAUACUUGAAGGUUACUUUUACUUUUAACCAUACAAGAUGUGUGUAUAUCCUAAACUAUACACACAGCUAUACACACUGUAUACUGUAAGACAUGUCACUGUUGAGUGCUUUAUCCUUAACAGUUUGGUUUCCGGAAUAUAACGAUUUUGUAUUUAAAAUGUUUUAAUAAAACUCUCAGUACUUGGA